GAUAAGUUUUUAAGGGUUGGGUGUAUUAUUAUUUGCGGCUUUAUUAAUGUAUUUAAUUUUAUGAUUUGAUUAAUUAGAUAGUUAUUAAUGAUCAUACAUCUAUUGACGUAAUUAUCAAAAUUAAAGAAAGAGUUUUUGGUUAGCUGGACUCGAACCUAUUGGUUGCCUACGUACCCGAGUAGUCGGGAUCAAAGUCCACGUAGUUCGGUAGAACUUUGAUAAUUUAGUUGUAAUCACGUUCCACUGAUCAUGAUUUUCGUAUUAUAAUUUUGUUAAUAAUAAAAAAUGCACUUAGAUUAUCAUGAGGUUAUGAUGAUAAAUGCAAGUAUUUUAGUUAUUAAGAAGUAUUGUGACGUAUUGAAAAAACGAGAUAAACUUAAUCCGCAAUUCUACAUUUCGUAUUAAGGAUUUUGAAGGAAUAAAAUUAAGCGGAAAGGUUAACUUGACGGAUGAUGGGCCAGCAGGCCAACUGGUUAUGCUCCCAAGCAUAGUGAUGUUGUUGUUGGGGACGCGGGUUCUAAGUCCGCCAGCCUCAUUUUUGUUUCGUCGCUUUUUGGUUUCAGAGAAAGGGGAGGGGCAAUUUCGUAGUUUCACGAAAACGCGGUGGCACGGCCAAGUAAUAAACGAUGAACCCUAGGGGUAGUUUAGUCCUUUGGAAAGAUAUAUAAACAAAAACGAAACCCUAAUCACUAAUUCGGCCGCCGCCCUCAACCUAUUUUCUCUCCAUCUCGUCUCUCUCUCUCAUUCCUCUCGAUCCUUCCACUUCUCUCUUCCUCUUCCAGAAACAAAUCAAACCUAGCCGCCUCUCUACACCUCAACUCCCUCUUCCAAAACACCGAAACCCUUCUCCCUUCGUCAACGAUCACCGCCACCUUCUUUUGCCCUUCUCAUCUGUAAACCCGAUGAGAAACUCAAAACGAGCAAAGGUUCAACUUCUCACCCUCGUCUCUCUCUAAUGGAACUCGAGAAAGAACCCUCUGAAGAGAAAAGAAGAAAAAAAAGAUGAUCUGGAAAGCCCUCACGUCGUCGGUAAGCAAUUUCUACCCUUGCAUGUCUAUUUUUUUUUAUCGUUUUCGAUUUAAUGGGUAUUCUAGAUUUCUAACCUUCCAUUUUGAUUUUUUUUGGUUCUGGGCUGGUGAAAAGGAGUCAAAGGUCACCGGCGGCGUAAAUCGCCGGCGACAAAGCCGACAUGUACCGCCGGCGACGAAAAGAAUCGAGCUUUAAGAGCCGAGAUGGGCCUCGAUCUAUCUUCCCCUUAUUCGAUCUACUCUCUUUCGUAGAAACGACGAGGAUGAUGAAAAGACCUGGGUUUUUGUUGAGGAGAAGGUGGCUUCGGGCGGCGAGUUGCCGGCGGCGACAGGCCGACGACAACACAGGUAAAAAAUUAGAUCUACGUAGGCCUCCUUAGAUCUACGUAGGCCUCCUAUAACUCUCUUAAUUUUGGAUUUAUGAGAUAUAAAACUGAAGCUGGAUUACACUACAAUAAGGUUGUGAGUGAGUUUGACUAUAUGGAAUUUUGGUUUUUUUAUCUGUUUGUGGAUGGUUGCGGAUGAAUAUGUGAGAUUUGGUUUUCAUUCCAUGUAUGCAUGAUCUGUGUUUAUGUAUGUACAAAAACGAUGCGAGAAUUGAAUUAUGACAUAUAUGAACGAACUAGUAAAUAACAGAGGGUAAAUAGCAUAAUAAGUAAUUAGUAAUUAGAUUAACAUAAGAGUAGAGAUAGUUAUAUGCUAUUAUGACUAAUUAGUUAGUAAAUUAAUUGUGCUUGAAAUAAGUAGAUAAAUGGGUCGAGAAUAAAACAGAGAUGAAUGGAAGAGCUGAUAACGACAAUAAUUGAAUGAUAUUGAA